AUGAAGAAUAAGGCGAGAAGGCCCCGAACUCGUCUGCAGCCAAGGCUGGCGGCGAGACCGCCAAGAAGGGAACAGAGCCGCAGCCGAAGCAGAGGAAGGUAUGAGCGAGACAGGUACCAUGACAAGGAAAAGGACCAUUACCGUCGGAGCAGGAGUCGCAGUAUUAGUCCUGAUCGUGGAAGAGGUUGUGAUAGAAGAAGGUAUUCCGAUGAACGAAAGAGCAGGAGCCGCUCAUUUGACAGUGCAUCACCUUCUCGACGUAGCUACAGCCCUAAGAGAAGUGCAUCUCCACGUCGGAUACCUUCUCGUGAUGCAAGUGAUGACAAAUACAACAAUGAAAAAAAAUCUCCACGUUCUCAAAGUGCAUCACCCAAAGGUCGUGAUGACUCUCGAAGUCCUUCCCCACGCAAUUCUGCUGAGGAUUGA